GAAAAUAAUUUGUAAAAAUUGAUGAGCAAAUUGUAUUUUUCCAUAUACUAUUAGUGUUGGAUUUACAUUGGGUUUCAAUUACUAUAUUAUUUCCAAUUUUAUCUGAAAUUACUAAAAUGCCCCUAACCCUAAUUUUUGAAAGAGAAACCCUAACCCUAAAACCCUAACCCAUAACCCGGUUCCCCCUUUUCACCCUCAGCAAACUCACAAAUUCGAAAACCCUGUAGCCGUCACCCCAUUUCUUUUCACCAUCGGCAACUCACAAAGUUUCCUUUUCCCGGAAAGAAAAAAAACAGUGAGCCAGUAGGAGGGGGAGAGAAGGAGGCGCAUCUCGUCGCCGUCGAGCUGGAGGGGGAGCUGUCCGCAGUGCCAUGUUACCGCCGCCACCAUGCCAUGCCUCGCCGCGAGGUACCCAAUCGCGCCAUCGCCGUCCUGCUCAACGCUGUCGUCCCAUCUUACCGCGCCGCCUUGGAGUCCGCAGUCAAAGUCGUGUCGCACAGAGGAGAGAAGAAGAGAAACUCACCGCGUCGCCGUCACCCACGGAGCUGCGAGCUGUGCCCAGUUGGCGGCGGGGUCACCGCGCCGUCAUCCUUGCCAGCUCCGAACGAGAAGCACGAUGGAGCUCCGUUUCUGCUUCCCUGGUCUGCCGUGAGACUGAGCGCCGCUGGGAGGGAGAAAGGCGCACGCGGGAGGGUGAAGCCGCCGCUGUCACCACCGCUACCGUGAGUGGGGGGUCGUUGUCAUCGCUCUGCACGUCGGUGCCGUACACCACUGUUGUUGCUGCCGAAAGGGGGAGAAGUCGUGCCGCUGUUCUGGCCGCCGGAGCUUCUGGCCGAGCCUCAACCGCCGGGAACGCCGCUGCCGCCACCGAGCUCCACUGCCGAUCGCCGCUGCUGCUUGGGGCUGACUGCUGGGUUGCCGCCGAACCGGUUCGGAGAUCACCGCUGUUUCGGUUCAGCCGUUCCUCCUUCGGUUCGAGUUAUUGAGACUGUUGCGAAAGUGGCUUGGAACCGAGGUUUUGGCUGCCGGGAUUUUGAUUGUUGAUCUCAGGCCGAGGCGGAAAGGAUUCUGUGACGCGUGUGGGCUAUGGAUUUGCGUUUUGAGGAUGUGGGCGCAGAAGUCACGAAGAGUUUAUUUAAUUAUUUUUGAGAUGUUCUGCAUUG